UGUAAGGACUGGUGCACGGGCAUGAUGAGGGCAAGCGAUUUAUCUCAGUUUUAUCUGAGCUGAAGGCUAUGGUCUGUAGGCUUCUGGAGAGGGUUGGUUAUAUCAGAGUCUUUCAAAGUCUCUGAUUACAUGGUAGCACAUCGAGCUUAUUGAAAGAUUGCAGCCAACUUUUUGGAGUAGGUUUUUUUGCUGUGGUCGCAACUGGUUCUGGGUGUGAAGACCUCGCAAAAGUCGACCCAGAAAUGCACCGCAUUCUCCUUGAAGAGAAACAAAGGCAAAUUCGAUCAUUGAACCUCAUCGCCUCGGAGAACUAUGCCAGUAAAGCGGUUCUGCAGGCGCUGGGAGCGUGUGUUCACAAUAAGACGUCAGAGGGCAUGGUAGGCAACAGGUACUAUGGUUCCUGCGUCAACAUCGACAAAGUAGAACAGCUCUGCAAAGACCGCGCUUUAGCUGCAUACCGCCUCGACCCAAGCAUCUGGGGCGUGAAUGUCCAAACUCUCUCAGGCUCCAUGGCGAACCUCUCCGUUUACAAAGGCCUGCUGAAGCCAGGAGGCCGGAUCAUGGGAUUAUACCUCUCUGACGGAGGACACCUGACCCACGGAUACAGCAGUGGCAAGCGGAGAUUGACGGCAUCGUCCGAGUUCUACGAGUCCAUGUCAUAUCGAACUGACCCCAACACGGGUUUGAUUGACUAUGACAAGCUCCACGAAUGGGCGAGUGGUUUUGAACCACGACUUAUUAUAGCAGGCAUAUCGUGUUACCCUCGCCAUCUUGACUACAAGCGAUUCCGUGAUAUUGCUGAUGAUGUUGGGGCCUAUCUCCUCGGUGACAUUGCCCACAUAUCUGGACUGGUGGCCGCAGGAAUUGGACCUGACCCAUUUAAAUACUGCGAUGUUGUCACAACAACCACCUACAAAUCUCUGAGGGGCCCAAGGACAGCCAUGGUACUGUAUCGCAAAGCAUUAGCAACUGAACAGACCUCUGGUGAAGUCAAGAUAUUCAACCUCGAGAAAAGGAUUAACGAAGCUGUCUUUCCUGGGACGCAUGGUGCCCCUCACAACCAUGCCAUUGCAAGUUUAGCGGUAGCUCUCAAAGAGGUUGUCUCAGAUGACUAUAGGGCCUACCAAAGACAGGCUGUGGCAAACUGUAAGAUACUGGCAACCUGUCUUCAGACGCUUGGAUAUCACAUCGUAACAGGUGGUAUAACCGAUAUGAACAUGCUUCUGGCCAAUCUCAAAAACAAAGGAAUUACUGGCAAGAUGGCGCAGACGAUAUUAGAGCAUGUCGGGAUCGAUGUCAACAUGAACACGUGCCCUGGCGACAUCUCCCCACUGAGGCCCUCUGGUGUACGACUUGGAACCUCGGCUAUUACGUCACGGGGUUUGAAGGAGAAAGAUAUCGAAAACUGUGUGAUACUUCUUAACCGAGGUAUUGGUAUUGCUCAAAAGGCGAAGAAGAUUGGCCAAGAGAGAUCUAUUCCAUUCAUUACAGUAUUGAGAAAUGUCAGCGAAAUCGCUGCAGAGAUUUCCAAUUUGAAAUCAGAGGUUGAAGAUUUUGCUGAGGGUUACCCCAUGCCUGGAAUAGAUGGCUGUAGCAUCAAGAUUUAAAAAAGACAAAGACUCAUGUGGAAGCUGUGCUUAUCUAACUAAUGAUAUUAAUGAGACUCUAAAAUCCUUCCAUAAAGGACAUGCAAGUCGCCAAGAUCGCUUAAAUGUCCUGUAAAGCACGUGUGCCUUAUGUAUGCUUCGAUCGAGAAUGGCCAUUGGAAGGCUAAAUGUAGCUGAACGCAUAAAUCUUGGAUCAUCUAAAUGUCAGGAAUGAAACAGUCACAUUUACCAUUACGAAACAUGGCGAUAUUAGGCUUUUUGAAGAAACACCAACGUGAAAAUGACCAAAUACAUUCCAGCCUCGACCUGGUGAAGUGGACAAAUCGUUGACGGAAGAUGAUGUCGCCAUCAACAUGCUUCAUGAAAUAUCUUACAUUUCUCUGAUGCUUUCUUAGUCGAUAAAAAACAAAAUUUGUGUCUGAAAAAUAAAAUAGACUACAACUUAUGUGACUUGACGUGCAAUUUAAAUUGAAAAAAAACAACACUGGGAAAGGCAGAGUAAGCGUGUGCAACCGUGGCAUCGUUCCACAUGUUUGAGGAGUGCAACAAAGUGUGUUACAAAACAGGAAGUAUACGUACGUGUACGUUACGAUACCCGAAUGUGUCACCUGUGAAUAUACACGCUGCAAAAUGUCUCAAAUCUGCAUCAUAGUGCGUGUACAGCGUCCUAGAAACAUCUGGUUUCGAUCUAUCAAAUAAUAUGUUGAAUUGUUCCGUUUCAUAACCGGUUAAGAAUAGAAAGGAUAGAUCUGAACCGAAUCAAAUAGAACCAGAGUAUUUCAAAUAAAUAAAUUUAUUUGAAAGACUCUGCGAGAACGAAGUACGCACUGUGUUUUACAUUUGGGAAGUUUUAAGUUCAAGACGACACUUAUUGCCAGAUGUUGGCAAGUUUGUUUAGAAUGGGCUCGGUAUCUUCCGUGAUUCUCAUUCAAUCAACGGUCCAAAUCACAAUUGACAUCCCUUAAUUCGCAUCAGUGGCGCGAAAAUUAUGAAAAUUAUGACCAGACAGUAUCAUGAGGCCAGUCUCGUAGCAACACUCACAGCUUAGCAUGCGUAUGUACUUUAUCUUCAGCUCAGUCGGAAUAAAAAUAAAAUCCGCGAUCCAACCGAUGAAAUAUUUUUUGGUAUAACCACGCCCGAGAACUAGUCUGUCAGACUUUUUAAGAUUAUUCCCCAUAUGUAUUUUCAUGGGCUUUAUAUUACGUCGCAUCUUUCUGGUUUUCCCAUUGAAAAACAAUACAGGUGAGACUUUAAUUUGUCGUUUCCAGACUCGCGCAACGCCAAUGAUGAUUUCAUUCCAGUUCCCGUUCCAGUGUAAUUUUGGCGUUGUAUAUUGCUUCUUUUUGCCCAUACGAGGGUUUCUUAGUGCCACUGGUACAAUUGUCCCAAAUCGCAAAUGGCCAAGAGGAAUGCGAGAGAGGCUUAGCAUACUUCGACCGACAAUUCCGCUGAACAGGCAUUGUACUUUCGCGCGAUGUUUCGCUUUCAGUUUUACAAACAAAACAAGGCUGACAUGUCGAUGUCUAUCUAGAUUAAACGGAGAUAACCACAAAACAUGAUCAGGUCUGUCGUGUAAUGACAAUAUUUUGCCGAAUACCAUUGAAUAAACGCAGGCAGCACUUCCAAGAAACCUGAAAUGUCACAUACAGUGGAACCUCCUUUAGCGGACACCUCUCUAUUAAGGACAUCCUCUUAAUUAGGGACACUAGUUUUGGUCCCAAAUUGGUUGUUUCCAUUCAAAUUGACCUCUCUUUUAUCAGAACACCUCUUCAUUAAAGACAGCACUUAGCGUCAGUUCCGAGGGUGUCCUUAAUAGAGAGGUUCUACUGUAUUUUGAACAGCACUAACACAUACCAAGUGACUUAUAGGAUUUUUUCCCAUUACUUAGGAAUAAAACAGCCAUUUCUAUUAGUUAAGAUUUUUCAAACAUAAUAAAGAGUAAAUUUGCAACGGAGAAGGAAAUUGCGAAAACUGUUGUGAAUGGUAGGAUUUUCUCACACUUCCACAGUGUAAAGUACACCAUAUUAUUCAAUCGUCUGUAAGUGGUUUCCCAAAUAACUUCGGACGGUCCGUAAAAUAACAUUUAUUAAAUGACAUUUAUACUUAAAAUUCCCUUUCUUGUCUUCUUACGACGGUAAACAAAGUAGAUGCAGUCAAGGAAAUCUUGGGUUCAUCAAUUUGUAAUUGAAAAUACUGUUUACUUAGCCUCGUUUUAAUGGAAGCGGUCCUUGGCUGUCGCAACCAAAGACCGCUGGGUGCGUUACAAAUGACGAAGUUGCUGUGUACACAGCAGUCUGCUGUGUACGCAGGAACAAGUUGGUUGCAUGCACAGCAGAGGCGAAUUAACAUAACCGCGUCAUCAAUGACGUCAGCUGGAGAAAUGAUGGCGGUGGCGGUGGCGGUGGAAGAACUCCACUUCUCAUCCUUUCCCGCCUUCCAAAGAUUCUUUUAUGUCUGUAUUUUAGGCGAGUUUCCUCUUACAGUUUGUGUACAUUAUCCUCUUGCAAACAGGGCCUACAUGUACAACAUGACGCCUUAUUACGCAUAAGUAUGUAGCCUAUCGAGAGAAAUGUCCUAAUAUUGUCUGGCUGUAAAUAAUUGGGCAGCAACAGUGGCUUGGGAAAUAGUCUGAAGCACAUCAGUCACAAAUACGGCUUCGAUAAAGAAGGUUCUGUUGAGGUGUACAGAAAUUCACUAGGCCACAGAAAGAGAAAGACAGGUUGCAGUGCAAAUAAGAGAGUUAAUAAAAUUAAGGAGACAUGCAGUUGACCAAAAAGACCGCAUAAGACCGCAUUCCGAUCCGAUCCGAUCGAACCCCAUUCCAGACCGGAUGUGGUCUCAUUUUAAUGUACCCGUUUAGACGCCAACAGCAAUGAGGACUGAUGUGGACUAAUUUCUUUUGGUUCCACCAAUAAUCCGCAGGAUGUCGCGGUGGCGACAACGAUUUAGCGCCACAAUGCGGGUUAUAAUGGUACUAGGCAAGCUCGUUCUUAUGGUAGCUGCUGUCUAGCUUCCGCUGAAUGGAUUGAUCGCUCCAAAUAUUUAUGAGAUCGAAAACAACCGUGUCCGUGAACUUAUCCUUCACCAUAUUGGAAUAAUGAAAAUAAGCCAAGAGAAAAUACUAUAAAACUGACAAUCAAAACGACAUUAAUUCCCGCGAAAAUACACGUGUUUAUAAUGAAAGGAAGUAUUGCCGUAGUACCAUAUCCAAUACGCAUGCGUGUAGGUAAAAAAAUUAGUCCAGAUGAGACCGCAUUAGGCCCGAUCGCGUUUAGACGACCAAAUUUGAUCCGGAUGCAUCCGGAUUAGCCCCGAUGGAACCAGCAAAAGAGGUGGACCACUUGAAGACCCGAUGGGACCACAUGAGACCCGAUCGGUUUGCGUUUACACCAGGGAAAUUUAGACCGCAUUCGGAUUCGAUCGGAUCCCAUCGGGCCUUUUUUCUUUCGUCUUAACUGACAACCAUUGAAAGGGAGGAAAUAAUCCAAUAUUUAUGUGUAAUGUAACACAUGUUGGCACCCGUUGUAAUAUUAUGUAAUUGAUAUCGAAAUAGACUUGUAAUCACUUGUAACCACUGCACCCAGCACUUUGCACACCAUGGCACUGUAAGUUAUGUACCUUUUUGAUGUACGAAAUAAACAUAAUGUGAUGGCAAAUGUUUAAUUU